AUGGCGACUUCCGGCGAAGAGGUGGCACCUCAUACCAUCGAUCGUACGCCAGAAUAUGAAGAAUUCAUGGAAAAGCUCAAGGAGUUUCACAACAACCGUGGAACAGUCCUGGAUCCCGAGCCGAAAGUCGGCCUGAUUCAUCUCGAUCUCUUCAAAGUCUUCAACCAUAUCGUAACCAGCGGCGGCUACGACAAGGUCUCGGAAGAGAAGCUCGCCUGGCGUCGCAUGGCUGCUGAACUCGGUCUCUUCUCCAACAACGAAGCGUCGACAGCUUUUGCGCUCAAGGAAAAGUUCUACAAGAACUUGGCGGCCUACGAAAUCAAGACUGUAUACGGCAAAGAGCCGCCGCCGAAAGAUAUUCUUGAAGAUGUCACUGCCAAGGGUGCUGGCCUCUUGACGAGAACUAGAGAGAACUUCAGAGGCAAAAGGGAUAGCAACAUGGCUGGCAACGAUUCAGCUGCAUCCGGAGACGAUGGAACCCCUGUGCGCGAACGGCCUGCCACUGAUGUCGUCUCGAGCGCCAGAGCAUCUCGUGGAUUGAGAGAAGCCCCUGCACAGCGCGUCAUCUUCCAACCUGACACCGGUCCCAGCAGGAUUACGCGACAAACCUCGAGCCACCAUGCUACGGCCUCCCCCCAAGUUCAGGGACACCCGGGUAUGCAAGGUCCAACCAGCAUGCAUGCUCGCGGCCCUUCCAUCGCGCACCACCCACCGAAGCCUGAAAACACGUCGACUUCAGUAACAGCAUACCAGCCCCGGCAUGUAAAGCCUCUGCAACUGCGACCUGUUGCAACCCCUAGCAAUGCGCCCAGCGAGUUUCCUAGAACACGGUUGUCAUAUCGCCCUGCGCCCGACCCCCGCCAACCUAUGCUCCCCGGUACUGGCUUCGACGGCCCGAACAUUUACACCCGUUGUCUCAAUGCUCUUAGAUCCCGGAUCCCCACCGAACAGGCUUUCGCGCUGAAUCACUUGGUCAAGAUUUCGUUUGAACGCGGCGACAAAUACAAAUUUGAUUCCUUCCCCGGCCUGGCCGAGGGUCUCGUCGAGAAGGCCCUUGAAGUCGGAGAGCUCUUCUAUUACAUCAACUGGAAGGUUUCUUGGGAUCUUGACGACGAUUCCACAGAACUCGGGAUUUUGGAUGGCAACUACGGAAGCCCAGACAUCCUGGAGAGAAUCGGAAACUUGGUUGAAAAGUACACGCCCGACAUUCUCCAAACUGGGGAGUACUUUGACAAAAUGGUGCUUAUCACAGAAGCCAUUUUAACGAUACGCAACAUGGUCACACUGCCCGAGAACGCGCACAACAUGUCCGAGUUUCCGCCUGUCAAGGACCUGAUUUGCAUUGUUCUGCAUUUGCCUGAGAAGGAUUCGCUGGUGGAAAUCAAACACAUGAUGCUCGACAUUGCCGAGCAAAUAACGUCGUUUAUGGUUUUGGACUCGGAUGACCCGUUAUAUAAGACGCUCCUGGCACAGAUGACCUCGGAUGACCGUGGUACCAUCCUGAGCGCCCUGCGAGCGCUAGGCCGCAUCUCCAUGAACCUGGAAGCCACUAACCAGCUUAAGGAAGUGCCUGGAGACAUCCUGCAACGCAUCACGAGCUGGCUUUUGUUGAAUGAUGAUGAGCUUAUCGAUGCUUGCCUCGACUUUCUGUACCAGUAUACGGCCGUCGUGCCCAACCUGGACAACUUGAUUCGUUCCACGCACCCGGAAGGACUCGUCGACCAACUUGUGCGCCUUUUGGCCCAUGGUGCCCGCAAGGUCCAGUACGAUCUCAUCCUGACACCAGAACAGCGACAGCCGUCGCGCGAUGAAGUCGCGCCCAUGCCCGAUGAUCUCUUGGAGGAGAUGCUGAAACUGGAAGAGCCCGACAGGGUGCACCAAUGGGUCAAGUCAUUCUUUGACGAAGAUGGGUCGUCAUUUGUCACCCAGCUGGCUGCCUGGCAAGCGUAUCAAGCAGCAUUUUCGGCUCCUUUGAAGGACAUGCAACAACAGAUGAUUACACCAGCCGAUUUUAUAAGGAAUAGUACGGCUGUCUACAAGGGCUCGAACGCGCAGGUGCUGCGCGAAAAUAGCGAUGGGCAACAGAAAUUCAUCAUUCACGGCAUCCGUGCUCGCCCGAACCCGCUGACCAUCGACGGAAAGGAAUAUGGACGCUGUCUUUGGGCCAAUGAUGCAACUCGUCGCAAUGCAAAGUGCGGCCACUUUUUCCUGAAGCCAGAGCAAAUGUGGAACCACAUCAUGACCGAGCAUCUGGAAGCGACCAGCAACGAGGACGAGCAUUUUGAAAAUGUUGAGAAGUCGUUUACGUGCACCUGGGGUGAGUGCAAGAAAUAUGGCAAGCCGACGAAGAUGCACCUGCGCGACUUUGCACGCCACAUUACGACACAUGUGGGCGCUGUCAUCCCUGGCACUGCCAGUGUCAAUGCUGAUGGCGCCGCCCCCCCGAAGAAAUGGAUUGUGCCCGCCAAGACGAUGCCGGUUACUUUCGAGGAGACUGUGACUGUGCGUGACGAGCGCAACCCUCAGGCGCCGCCGCAAGCCGCCGGGAUUCCGCUCAGCGCGGUGUUGGUGCUGCGUAACAUUGCGCGCAACAUUGUCAAGACGGAGGCCGAGGAGGAGCUGAUCAAACAGCAGCGCAACACGGAAGAGAGAGGCGGAUGGAACGAGCGCUUGUUCCGCGCCGCGACUCCUCGUCUGUAUGAGCUCUUGGCCGAAAACAGACCACUGAGCCCCUACAUUGCUUCACUCCUUGACUUGGUCAAGGUCGAGGUUGAAGUUCGCCACGAUGAGGAAGAUGAAGAGUGA